GCACAUUCAAUUUCUUUUGGUUUAAUCUUGUUCCAUUGUUCUGGUUUAAGGUGCAGGAGCACAUUCUGAUUGAUUUUGAAUUCUGAAUUUGAGCAGGUUGUUAAGGAAGAUGAGGAAUCAAUGGAUUUUCUUGCAUUGUUAAAUACAUUGUAGUUUUGCUGCCUCUAAGUGGAGAUUUUGCAAUUUAUAGUUUGAUUACCUUCCAUUUAAUAAGCGGGUCAACUGUAAAUUUACUCAGACAUUAAAAAGUCUCCCUGGAAGUAUUUUUAAGGAGGCAGCUUGUCGAAGUUGGUUCCUUGAAAGCUGUUUACCAGGUUGUACAGAAUCGUAACACCUUCAUAACCAAGAAAAGAGUAAUUCCUUGAAACAGAAGGAAUGUUGAAUGUUGAUGUUCUUCUUGUAUAUUGAGAAUUUACCGAAAGGAUUGUGUAGACUUUUUGUCAGGAAAGAAAAAUAGAUACCCUGAAAUUUCCUUUGUUUCCUUCUCAAAAUGCUUUUCUUUUCCUUUCCCCUGAAGUUCUUAAAGGCAAUUUUAUCUAAGCCCUUACCGUGUCGGUUGUUGAAUGAACCGCUGGAUUUCUGGUGAAGGCAUUGACACAGAAAAAAUAUAGGCUAAAGUAAUGGAUAAAAGUUUUGCAAGCUUAAAAAGGAGAUUUAUGAACCAAGACCAGAAACCAACAUUUAUCAAGCCCACGCAGUGAUAUCUCAAGCGAAGAUGCUGCUCCGGUCAGUUAAGACAACCGUUAUGUCCGCUGCGCGCUUUUUCACAACGGCAACGGCGGCGGAUGCAGUGGGAGAAUCGGUGUUAAAAGGUGGGGGAGUUAAUGAUGGCUUAAGAAGCGGAACAAAAGGGCGGGACACACUGGGGCGGAGGUUGUUGAGCCUUGUAUUCCCGAAACGCAGUGCCGUCAUUGCUAUACGGAAAUGGAAAGAGGAGGGGCACACGGUGCGCAAGUACGAGCUCAAUCGGAUCGUAAGGGAGCUUCGUAAGCUCAAGCGCUACAAGCACGCACUUGAGGAAUACAUUUUGCUCUCUACUCUCUAUGGUAGUUCCAGUGUUCCUCACAUACCAAGCCCUGGCCUAAGCUCAAGCAGUUUUUUGCAAAAAACCAUGAUAGUAGAUCUCAAACCAGACCAGAUGGAAAUGGCUGAAAAUUUUUACCAUCGGAUAGUGCAAAAAGGCAUAAUCCCUUGUUACACAACUUGGGAAAUUCUUACAUGGGGUUAUUUGAAAAAUGAGCAAGCGGAAAAAGUAAUGGAUUGCUUUAAGAAAGCUGUUGGUUCUGUGAAGAAAUGGGAUCCAAAUGUAAAGUUGAUUAGAGAAGUAUUUAAUAAACUUGAGGAUCAAGGCAAUUACAAAGAAGCAGAGAAGCUUUUGGUUAUUCUUCGGAAGGCUGGCCAUGUAAGCAUUGAGGUAUACAAUUCACUCCUAAGGACUUAUGCCAAAGCUGGCAAAAUGCCACUCGUAGUUACUGAGCGGAUGAAGAAGGACAAUGUUCAUUUGGAUGAAGAAACACAUAAGCUCAUAAAACUAACAAGCAAAAUGUGUGUAAGUGAAGUCUGUUGUACGCCUUAGUAGAGGGUAAAUUUGUUGGAGAAUGAUUUAACUUCUUUGCCAUUGAAGUUGAAUUCUAUUGCUUCUGUUUUCAAGGGUUACUUUCAAGAGGUAGAAUAUGAAGGAGCUAGCCCUCCAGUUAUUUUCAAGAAUAUAUAGAACAUUUAGGGGCAAAUUUUAUUGCUGAGGCUCGCGGUUCAACCUGGUAGAUGUUCUUCAAGAUUGGUUCUGUUAAAUGGGGAAUCAACAAUCUUUUGAGCUUUUAGUGAUACCUAAUUCUUAUGUCCUUGGAUUCCUGCUCCAACAAAAUUGCAGAAGAGGAUGAAAUGCACCUUUGCUACGAGCUGCCGUUGGACAUUUCAACCCGUAAUUCACGAACUGCAGUCAGAUAUGGCUAUUUGCAUUUGCUUAAGCCUUAAAUUCCAAAUUAUAUAAAUGUGGGAGAAAGUAAAUUGCUGCUAAUUAUUCAUGUGGGUCUCUGUGUGCUAAAAACACAGUGAGAAAGCUUCUUCUCAAAUGAGUUAUGAUUGUGGUGCAGCUUGCAAGUAUUUGAGAAGAAGGUGCCCUCAAGAUUGCAUUCUCUCUCCUUAUUUUGCUUCCAGUAAUCCUAAAGAUUUGCUUUUGUCCACAAAAUCUACGGCGCCAGCAAUCUUGUGAAGAUGCUUCAAGUAAAUGCAUUCUGGUUAUUACAUCUUAAUUUUUGCAUGACUAUGUUAUAACAAGUGAUAUGGUGCAUAUGUAAAGAUUUUUAAAUAGUUAUAAAAAAAUUAUGUAAUUUUACUUAUUUUCAUUUGUAAUCUAUGAUAUUACUUGCAUAAUAUUACUGGGUAGGAAUAAAUUAUAGAUAGAAGAAGACCUAAA